CCACACCAACAACCCCGGAUAUGCUCAAGAUAGCCCUUCCCGAUUUUGUAGUGUCUCUGUUCUAGGUCCGAAAACUUCCUUGUGGCAGGAUUUUGAGUUGAAAGUUCACAAAUGGCGCGGAAACACUAGAGAGGAAUUUGUGUGGUGUAUUUGUCAAUUUCAGUUAUUCUUACAUUUAAUUUAGCACCACGUUUCAGAAGCAAACUCCAGUAACGAACAGAGCCAUGAGCAAAAGAAAGUCAAAGGAGAGCCAUAUGACAGUCGGGGAGUGUGUCUCACAGGCACAAAAAUGUUUGAGGCAGAGGUUUUGUCGGCAGGAGCUGUCUACCCGACCCAUGGGUCUGGAAUCUCAGCACAAGCACUUGCUGGAGCUGCUGAGGAGAACGGCUGUUCACGGCGAGAGUAACUCGGUACUCAUCGUGGGACCCAGGGGAUCUGGCAAGACAAUGCUACUGAGCUACGUCCUGAAGGAACUACUGCAGGAGAAAGAUGUUAAGAGUAACAUUAUGUUGGUGCAUUUAAAUGGGUUACUGCAGACUGAUGAUAGGAUCGCCCUCAAAGAGAUCACAAGACAGCUCAACUUGGAGAACGUUGUUGGAGACAAAGUUUUUGGUAGUUUUGCUGAGAACCUUGCGUUCCUUCUGGAAGCACUCAAGAAAGGUGACCGUCACAGCAGUCGCCCAGUGAUCUUCGUGCUGGAUGAGUUUGAUCUCUUUGCCCACCACAAGAACCAGACGCUUCUGUACAACUUGCUGGACGUCUCGCAGUCUGCCCAGGCUCCCAUCGCAGUAGUGGGCCUCACCUGUCGACUGGAUGUGCUGGAGCUGCUUGAGAAGAGAGUGAAGUCACGCUUCUCCCACCGGCAGAUCCACCUGCUCAGCUCCAUGGGCUUCAGCCAGUACCUGGAGACGGUGCUCUCCCAGCUGAGUCUGCCCGCCGACUUCCCCGACACCAAGUUCUCAGACGAGUGGAACGCCAACGUUAAGAAACUGUGUGAGGACAAAUCAGUGGAGGACGUUCUACGAAAACACUUCAACAGCAGCAAGGAUUUCCGCUCACUGCACUUGUUGCUGCUGCUGGUGCUUGGCCGUGUGACGGUAUCAAACCCUGUCAUCAAGCCGGCCGACCUGCUGGAAGUUGGCCGCUUGAGCAGCGUGGACUCCAAGGCAAACAUUCUCCACGGUGUCUCUGUUCUGGAGCUGUGCCUCAUCAUUGCCAUGAAGCACCUGAAUGACAUCUAUGAGGGCGAGCCUUUCAACUUCCAGAUGGUGCACAAUGAAUUCAAGAAGUUCAUCAGCAGGAAGUCACACUCCAUCCACAACUUUGAGAAACCAGUCGUCAUCAAGGCCUUUGAACACCUCCAGCAGCUGGAGCUGAUCAGGCCAGUGGAGGCGUGCAGUGUGAAGAUCCAGAGAGACUACCAGCUGAUGAAGCUCAUGCUGGACCACACCCAGGUCAUGGAGGCCAUACAGAGAUACCCACAAUGCCCCACAGAUGUGCGCCAGUGGGCCUUCUCAGCGUUCGGCUGAUGCCUGGACUGUACGUUCAUUACGAGGAUUCUGAUACGUUGACUGACGUUGACUUGGGUAAAGAGGCUUCUCUGCAGAUUGUGCAUCGUGU